AUGUCGCUAUACCGGCCGAGCAGCGCAGGUUAUGAGGGCAGCGUGUUCCUCACCACCAUGUCACAAAACAAGCAGGCACCGAAGUGGAGCUUCGCUGGGCGUUACGGUUUUGCGAACUCCAGGCUGCUGACACCCGGACCUGGCACCUAUGGUGCUGACUCGCGAUCGCAAAGGCAGGCUGGCUACGGCUUCGGGUCCUGCGCACGGGAUCAGGGCCCGCUGUCCAUGGCAUCCCCGGGCCCCGGAGCUUACGGCGCGAGUGAGUGCUACCGGUCGGCCGCUGCCCCAACUGAGCUCAUAACGGGUGGUCCUGGCGCCUAUGUGCCGAAUGUGAGCUCCACGAGGUGCUCCACGCCAGGUCCUGGGACCUACAGCGACUGCGGCCGCGCCGAAAGCACCCUGAACAAAAAAGAUGGUCCGCUCUCUAUCUCGGCCCCGAGAUGGGGGUUCGGAACCUCCAACCGGGGCAUCCGUGCCAAUGGUCAAAAUCCGGGUCCUGGGCAGUACGACCUUCGUGCCUGGGUUGCAAAACCUCGGGGUUUGUUGGGAAGGGUUUGA